AUGAGCUACACCGUAGGCCAGGUCAGCAUUGAGAAAGCUUCAGCCUCGCGCUCCUCCGCCCCGCGGGUGCGACUCACCUGCGAGGCCUGUCGUCAACGCAAGGUGCGAUGUGACAAAUUGAGCCCCUGUACCAGUUGUCAACGUCUCGGUCUUGUCUGUGUUCCCGUUGAGCGGGCACGGCUGCCAAGAGGACGGACGCGAAAGCCCGCUGAGCGGGUCGGGGGCUCGGACAAGGAAUUGUCUGAGCGGGUCGCGAAACUUGAAGCCCUCUUGAGACAAGUUGCGACUGAACGGGAUGGGAAUGCAAAUUCGGCAGCUUCUGAGGCCUCACAUCCUUCGACGGUGGCCAGGAACGUUGAUCCCGAUGGGGCCCAGCACAGUGAAAUUCACAGUCCGAAUAUCCCACAGCGACCUCGUCCUUCAACUACUUAUAUGGGAAUCUCUUUCUGGGAAGAUAUUAUACAGCAGGCACACGAAUUGCGCACUGUGCUGGAUGACCGGCUAGAACAUGAUCAUAGCGAUAUUAAAGAUUCGACUGGCUUUGGAUUGUCUCUUGUGAGCUCUGAGAGUCCAGAGGGGUCGACACACUCAUCUCACUCUAACAAAGGGGUCAUCUUGCAACCUCACAUCCGACAGAGGCUGUGCGACAUUUAUUUACAGAAUGUGGACCCUGUGUUCAAAGUGAUACACAGACCUUCCCUACGAGACUUUUUAAGAGACGACAAGCCAUAUCUAGACUAUGAGCCAGAUCAUCAAGCGCCGGCUACUCUUGCGUCUGCAGUCUAUCUUGCUGCCGUGUGUACCAUUGAUGAUGUGGAAUGUCAGGCGUUGUUCCAUGCCGAGAAACGAACAGUGAUUGCAGAAUUUCAGAAAGAAACUGAAGGGGCGUUAGCAAGGGCAGACUUUGUCACGACGAAUGACCUGGCUGUUUUGCAAGCAUAUGUCAUCUCGCUGCUCGCCGCACGAUCUCAAGAUCAAAGUCGAAGAGUAUGGACUAUGCUAAGUAUGGCACUACGAGUAGCCCAAGCACUAUCCCUUCAUCUUGUCGAGCCACCCUUCUACGUCACCCCUUUUGAACAAGAAAUGCGGAAUCGUCUAUGGCUAGGAAUCGGCAUCCUCGAUAUAGCCGCCUCCCUAGACCGAGCAUCCGAGCCAAUGAUGCAAGCAAUCUGGAUCGACUCUCACCCACCCUCAAACAUCAACGAUGAAGACAUCUGGUUCGGCAUGCCGGGACCCAUCCCACAGCACCCACCAGGCACAUUUACAGAUAUGACACACUCCCUAGUGAUAGCAUCCUCCUCAUCAGUCACCAGGUCACUCGCCUUCGCAGAUUUCAUUGAACCAAAAGCCGUGGAACUAAUGGGCCAACGCCAACAAGCAGUCCACGGCUACCAACAAACAGUCGCAGGCCUCCUGAGCGGCUGCAGGCCCGACCAGUCUGACGUCCAAUGGUACGCACAGAAACUAGCCGGCUUGAUGAGCAGCUGGCUGCAACUAGCCUGUCUACGACCUCUCUAUAAAAGCAAAACCUUCACACCACCCAAGAUCCACGGCGACGCCCUCCUCAAACUAGCAGCCGAAAACCUCCAAAUUUCCCAAGAAGCAUACAACUAUCCAGGCGCUGCAAGAUGGCGCUGGUUUGGGUGUAUGUGGGUCCCGUGGCACGCACUAGCAGUCGCAAUCGCCGAGCUAUGCGUCUGCAAAGACCCAUCAAUCAUGUCCCAAUACUGGUCCGUCGUCGACGAAGUCUACCAACGAUCCCGACUCGUCAUCGCCGAUUCGCAGCAAGGCAUGCUCUGGAAACCAAUGGAGAGACUCAUGGCCCAAGCCCAAACACGACGGAAAGAGCUUCAAGAGCAAGAGUCCGCCAGUCAGGCAAUGUCACGCUUCUCUUUCAAUGAGCUCGCUGCCGGGUUCAUGCCCCAGCAAUCGCAAUCAAUACCUCAUUCUGCACCGCCACCGAACAUGAUCAAUAUGGGCGCGCCUAUAGCCCCACAAAACGGGUUGCAUAUGGCUUCGCAACAGGCACCGUUUGGGAAUUUACCUUGGCCAAAUGUCUGGGAAGCGAUGGAUUUCAAUGAUACAACUUUCGUCCCGCCGAAUGACAAUGCCUGGCUGAGCUAUGAGAAUUUCAUUGAGAAUGUCUACGAGAGCGCUGAUUCUAUAUUUUUACCUCGAUGA